GCCAGGUGCGCGCGUGGGCGGGGCCUCAGGUGAGGGAGCUGAGGGAGCUGAGGGAGGAAGGUGAGGAAGGUGAGGAAGGUGAGCCCCGGCAGCCGCCAUGGACGGCCCCGCCCUGCCCAUCCGCCGCUCCCGCCGACAGCUGGUGGAGGCCGUGCUGGAGCAGCCCUUCCUCAUCGUCACCGGCGAGACGGGCAGCGGCAAAAGCACGCAGCUGCCCAAAUACCUCUACGAGGCAGGCCUGGCCAAGCACGGUGCCAUCGGUGUGACGCAGCCGCGGCGCGUGGCCACCGUGUCGGUGGCACAGAGGGUGGCCGAGGAGAUGGGCUGUGCCCUGGGGGCUCUCGUGGGCUACCAGGUCCGCUUCGACGACUGCACCUCCGAGGACACUGCCAUCAGGUACAUGACUGAUGGGUGCCUUCUGAGGCAAAUCCUGACAGACCCCCUCCUCAGCAAGUACAGUGUCAUCGUUUUGGAUGAAGCUCACGAGAGGAGCCUCAGCACCGAUAUUUUAUUUGGGCUGCUGAAGAAGCUGUUCCUGCAGGAGAAGCCAGCAGGCAGGAGGACAGACAUGAAGGUGGUGGUGAUGUCAGCCACCCUGGAGGUGGAAAAGCUCUCAGAGUUCUUUGGGCACUGCUCAGUGCUGCACAUUCCAGGGAGAAGUUACCCUGUCAAGGAGAUUUUCUGCAACCUGCUGAGCCCCAGGGAUGUGGGCAGCUCUGCCUAUGUCACAGAGGCUGUGAAGGUCACCCUGGAUGUUCACUUAAAUGAACCUGAAGGUGACAUCCUGGUUUUCCUCACAGGGCAGAAUGAGAUAGAAAGAGCUUGUGAUUUGCUUUUCAAGAAAGCAGAGUCCAUCGAUUACCGGUACGAGGUGCACGACCGGGCUGUGGAGGGGCUCCUCAUCCUGCCUCUCUAUGGCUCCAUGUCCACAGAUCAACAGAAAAGGAUAUUUUUGCCAGCUCCCAGAGGCAUCAGAAAAUGUGUGGUCUCUACAAACAUUGCUGCAACAUCUCUGACCAUUGAAGGAGUCAGAUAUGUGGUGGACAGUGGCUUUGUGAAGCAGUUGAAUCAUAAUCCCCGAGUUGGUUUGGACAUCCUGGAGGUGGUUCCCAUCUCAAAGAGCGAAGCCAAGCAGCGCGCCGGCCGCGCCGGCCGGACGUCGGCGGGGAAGAGCUUUGGAUUGUACAGCAGGGAGUUCUGGGAGCAGUGCAUGCCCCAACACACCGUGCCAGAGAUCAGGAGGAGCAGCCUGACAUCUGUGAUCCUCACCUUGAAGUGCCUUUCUGUGCACGAUGUCAUCAGGUUUCCCUAUUUGGACCCUCCUGAGGAAAGACAUAUUUUGGAAGCUCUGAAGGAACUUUACCAGUGCAAUGCUAUUGACAGGAGAGGCCAUGUGACAAGACUGGGAGAGUUCCUGGUGCAGUUUCCCCUCCCUCCCAACCUGUCCUGUGCUGUGCUAAAAGCUGCUUCCCUGGACUGUGAGGAUCUCCUGCUUCCCAUUGCAGCCAUGCUGUCUGUGGAAAACGUCUUCAUCCGUCCAGGUGAUCCUCAGAAGCAAAAGGAGGCUGAGCUUCAACACCAGGAACUUGCCUCACAAGUGGGAGGAUGCAAUGACUUUGCAACCCUCUUAAAUAUUUUUGAGCAGUGCAAAGUAAGCAAGUCUCCUUCAGCCUGGUGCCAGAAAUACUGGAUCCAUUGGAGAGCUGUGAAAUCUGCUUUUAGUGUGGAAAGGCAGCUGCGGGAAAUAACCACUAAACUGAAACAGCUGCCAGACUUCCCUAAAGAGACAUUUGAAGGCUCCAAAACUGAAAUACUGAGAAGAUGCUUAUGUGCAGGAUACUUCAUCAACGUUGCUAGGAGAUCUGCAGCCAGGACAUUCUGCACCAUGGAUGGACAUGGCAGCAUAGUCUACAUCCACCCUUCAUCCACACUCUACAACCAGGAGACCCAGCUGGAGUGGAUCAUCUUCCACGACGUGGCCGUCACCUCCAAGAUCUACGUGCGCACCGUGUGCCCCGUGCGCUACGAGUGGGUCAGGGACCUGCUGCCCAGGCUGCACCAGGUGGAUGCCUAUGAGCUGAGCAGUGUGGCCAGGGAGGAGGUGACUGAGGAGGAAAUAACCAAGUGGCAGCAGAGGGAAGAGCUGAAAAGGCAGUUUGAAGGAGUCACAGAGAACUCUGCAAGGAAGAUGGAGAGGAGGAAUGAUGACCAAUCCAUCCAGGACGCCCGAGCCCGGUACCUGCAGAGGAAGCAGCAAAGAGCUCAGGCUCUGAGCAGCCCCGAGAAGGAAACAGGGUGACCCUGCUGGCAGCUCUGCUCCCACUGCCAGGGCA